AUGGCAACCUCAUCUGGUCGGGAUAUUCCUGAUGCCCAGUUGCACAAGCGGGUCAACAAAUCCACGCAUGGAUUCCCCAGGAAGCCGCGGAUCGAGGCAAGGACGGACCGCAGCCGGUGGAGGAUGAAGGACGAUGACAGUCGUCACACGUGGCAUUACCUGACCGACGACAAGGCGGCCAAAGACUGGCCCCAGAGCUACGCAGAAAAGUACUAUCUGAACAUGCCGCUGGGCCUCCCGGCGCUGCCGCGAGCGAAAUCGCCACUGGAGGCGACGAAGAACGGUCUGAGCUUCUUCGAGAAGCUCCAGCUACCCUCCGGCCACUGGGGAUGCGAGUACGGCGGACCGAUGUUUCUUCUCCCAGGUAUCGUCAUCACCUGGUACGUCACCAAAACGCCGAUUCCGUCGGCCUACGCGACCGAGAUCAAGAACUAUCUCACCGCCCGAGCGAACCCGGAGGAUGGAGGCUGGGGUCUUCACAUCGAGGGCGAGAGCACCGUCUUCGGCACCACUCUCAACUACACCGUCCUCCGCCUCGUCGGCGUUGACCCCGAAGAUCCGUUGAUGGUCAAGGCGCGAGGGACCCUGCACAAGCUUGGCGGCGCCGUCAACUCCCCGCACUGGGCCAAAUUCUGGCUUGCCGUCCUCGGCGUCAUGGACUGGGACAUUGUCAACCCGGUGCCGCCCGAGAUCUGGCUUCUUCCCGACUGGUUGCCAAUCUCUCCCUGGCGAUGGUGGAUCCAUAUUCGACAGGUCUUCUUGCCCAUGGGCUACCUCUACUCGAGGAAGUGGAGCUGCGAAGAGACGGACGUGAUUCGAGGUCUACGGGAGGAGCUCUUCGUCCAGCCUCAUGCGGAAAUCGACUGGGCAAGCCACCGAAACAGCAUCGCGGCGGCCGACAACUACCACCCCAAGUCCUGGCUUCUCAACAGCGUCAACUGGUUUCUCGUCAACGUCUACAACCCCUACCUAAGGCCAAACUAUAUCAAGGAAAAGGCCGAGGCCUGGGUCAGCGAGCUGGUCGACAUGGAGGAUGCGAACACGGAUUACGCCGAUCUGGCGCCCGUCAACGCGCCGAUGAACACGCUGGUGUGCUACGUCCGAGACGGACCCGACGCCUUCAGCGUCAAGAGGCACAUUGAACGGCUCGAGGAGUUCCUGUGGCUCAAGGACGAGGGUAUGCUCUGCAACGGCACGAAUGGGGUCCAGUGCUGGGACACGGCCUUUCUGAUCCAGGCCGUCUUCGAAGCCGGAUUGCAGCAUGACAAGCAAUGGCGGCCCAUGCUGGAGCGCGCACUCCACUACCUCGAGCGGCAGCAGAUUCGGGACAACUGCAAGGACCAGGAAAAGUGCUAUCGGCAGCCCCGCAAGGGCGGUUGGCCCUUCAGCAACCGCGACCAGGGUUACGGCGUCAGCGAUUGCAUCUCGGAGGCCCUCAAGGCCAUCAUUCUCCUCCAAAACGUCGGCGGAUUCCCCGAGGUGCUGGAGGAGCAACGCAUCUUUGACGCCGUCGACACGUUGCUGCUGUAUCAAAACGACAAUGGCGCCUUGUCGUCGUACGAAGCACGGAGGGGUGGGGAGUAUCUCGAGAUGCUCAACGCGGCCGAGGUCUUUGGCCGCAUCAUGAUCGAGUACGACUAUCCCGAAUGCACGACGGCUUGCGUCACCGCGCUCUCCCUCUUCAACAAGCAUUGGCCGGAGUACCGGACCGACGAGAUCAAGGUCUUCGUCCAGAGGGCCACCAAUUGGAUCAAGAGCUCGCAGCGGAUCGACGGCAGCUGGUACGGCAGCUGGGGCAUCUGCUUCACGUACGCGACCAUGUUCGCGUUGGAAAGCAUGGCCAGCAUCGGGGAAACGUACUCGAACAGCAAGGUCUCCCGACGAGGAUGCCAUUUUCUCGUCUCCAAGCAGCGCGAGGACGGCGGAUGGUCGGAAAGCUACAAGGCCUGCGAAACGAUGGAAUACGUCGAGCAUCCCUCCGGCUCGCUCGUCGUCCAAACGGCGUGGGCCCUCAUCGGGCUCAUGGAGGCAGACUACCCCGACAAGGAACCGCUGAAGAAGGGCAUCAAGCUGAUCAUGGGACGUCAGCAGCCCAAUGGGGAGUGGCUGCAGGAGGCCAUCGAGGGCGUCUUCAACAAGUCGUGCAUGAUAUCGUACCCGAACUACAAGUUCACCUUUACGCUCAAGGCGCUGGGUAUGUUUGCGAGAAAGUACCCCGACGUCCAGGUGGACCGCUAA